AUGCCCCCGCGCAAGAGCACUCGCACGCCCAAGUCGUCCCCAGCCAAGUCGUCUGCAAAGGCAAAGGGCAAGCGCAAAGCCGCCGACAAUGCCCACCCUUCGCCCUCCCCCACCAAGCGCCGCGCUCGUCUCGCAGCUCAAGUUGCCGACUCGGACCAGUCGGACGGCGACGAUGCCUUUCGAGACGACGACGAGCCCGCCACGUUCGUCACGGCGAGCGCCGGCGACGCCUACAUGCUCUACUCGACCCAGACCACCAAGACGAGCGACGCCCUCCUCUCGACCUCGGUCGACCCGGCCUUCACCCUCGCGUCCUACGCCGCCGCCCUGCGCAAGUUCGACCACAAGCCCCACGCCGCCCUCGACCUGUACCGCGCCGCGAGCGCCGCCCGCGUCGAGCGCGCCGAGGCCAAGUUCGCCCGCUGGCUGUGGGAGCUCGACCGAGGGUUCAACCUCGUCUUGACGGGCCUCGGCAGCAAGCGCACCGUCCUCGACCGCUUUGCCGAGCGCGCGAGGUCCCGCGGCCAUGUCGUCGUCGUCAACGGGUUCGACACGGCCGCCACCGUCGUCGACUUGGUCACGGCGCUCGAGGACCUCGUGCGCCUGCACGGCGGCCGAGGCGCGCACGACGUCGACGCCGCCAACGACGACGACGACGAGGCGAGCGCGACGACGCCGCGCAAGCGCAAGCGAGGCGCUGCGGCGGCCGCCUCGACGCCGAGCAAGGCCAAGGCCAAGGCGGCCGGCGCCUACUCGGCCGCGCGCCCGGUCUCUGCGCUCGAGUCGCGCGUGCGCCGCUUGUGCGCCUCGGUCGCACACUCGGCCUCGUCGUCGGCGGUGGCCCUCAAGCCCAUCUACCUCGUCUUGCACUCGCUCGACGGCCCGUCGUUGCGCCUCCCGAAGCACAUCUCGCUCCUCGCCCUCCUCGCCGCCCAGCCGCACAUCCACCUGGUCGCCUCGAUCGACCACGUACGCGCCCCGCUGCUGUUCCCGACGGCACUCGCGACGGCGCGCCCACCUGCCGCGUCAUCGUCGUCGUCCUCGGCGUCGUCGAGCGACCCAGCCGCCGCCGACCUCCAGCUCCAGUUCCGCGCCUUCACCUUCCUGUACCACGAUGUGUCGACGCACCUUCCGUACGACGUCGAGGUGUCGUCCCUCGGGACCCUGUCGCAGCUCCUCCCGCCCUCGGUUUUCCCGCCGCUCUCGUCGAGCCUCGACCCGACCGCGUCGUCGCUCGCCCAGUCGGCGACGCACGUCCUCGCGAGUGUGACGGACCGCGCGAGGCGCCUGUUCAACCUCCUCGGACAGGAGCAGGUGCGCGUCGCCGAGAGCUUGCCCCGCGAGCUCGAGCGCGCCAUGAGGCUCGCCGUUGCGGGCCCGGGCGGCGGCGCAGAGGCGGACAAGGCGCCCGUCGUCGCCAUGUCGCUCCACUCGCUCAAGGACAAGGCGACCGACGCCCUGAUCGCGACGCACCCAGACCAAGUCGACGGCUUCCUGAGCGAGUUCAAGGACCACGGCGUCGUGCGCAGCUCGCGCGCCGCGCCCGACGUCGUCGAGGGCGUCAACUACGACGAGGACGAGGACGAAGGGGCGGACGAGGGCGGCGAGUGGGUGUGGAUCCCGCUCGCGAGGGAGGCGCUCGAGGAGGUGCUCGAGGAGCUCGGCAUCGACGAGUAG